GGCCCCCUCGUCCCGGCGCGGGGCGCGGGCGGCGACCACCAUGGACCUGCAGAUCCUGGAGCACCGCGUGCGGGUGCUGAGCGUGGCCCGCCGCGGGCUCUGGCUCUACACGCACCCGCUGCUCAAGCUGCUCUUCUUGCCGCAGCGCAGCAGGUGCAAGUUCUUUAGCUUGACCGAGACUCCUGAGGACUACACGAUCAUGCUAGAUGAAGAAGGCUUUAAAGAGCUGCCUCCAUCCGAGUUCAUGCAGGUGGUAGAUUCCACCUGGCUGGUGCUCAAUGUCUUAUCCAAUGGCAGAUCGUCUACCAGCUUCCAGGCUGCAGGAGUGACAAAGAUUGCCAAGUCAGUCAUUGCACCGCUGGCAGAGCACAAUGUCUCAGUGCUGAUGCUGUCUACCUACCAGACAGACUUCAUCUUGGUACGAGAAAACGACCUGCCAGUAGUGAUCCAUACGCUGGCAGGAGAGUUUGAUAUUUACAAGGAAGUGAAUGGGGAGUCUAUUCCUGUUAACUGUGAUGAUGUGAGCAAUGGCUUCUUGAAGCCCAAGCCUGCUGCGAACCCCACCGUGCACCCUGUGCAGAGUCCUCAAAACAAGUUCUGCAUCCUGACCGUGGCUCCUGAUACCCUGCCAGCUAUUGCGACCACACUUAUGGAUGUCCUGUUCUAUUCACACAGCCCUCCAAAGGAAGCUGCCCCAGGCAGCCAAGAUUUCGACUCCAUCGCAUUCUUUGCCUUCUCGUUGAUUGAGGGCUACAUCUCUAUUGUUAUGGAUGCAGAAACGCAGAAGAAGUUCCCCAGAAACCUGCUGCUGACCAGCUCCACAGGCGAGCUCUGGAGGAUGGUGAGAAUUGGUGGGCAGCCUCUGGGCUUUGAUGAGUGUGGGAUCGUAGCUCAGAUUGCUGAGCCCCUGGCUGAUGCAGACAUAUCGGCCUAUUACAUCAGCACCUUUAACUUUGACCAUGCUUUGGUCCCAGAGGAAGGCAUUUGCAGUGUCAUUGAAGUGCUCCAGAAACGCCAGGAGAGUGGGAGAUAACUGGCAUGGUGUCUCCUCUGUCCUCUAACACCCAUCUGGAAAGAUGAGAGGGUGUAGCUCACUGCCUGACACAACACUGGGAUUGUCAAGCAUUCAUGGGAACGGAGAGAGAACACUCCACUCCUGUUUCACAGACAGCUGGCCUGGGCCUCUUGUUCAUCUUCCAGGCUUCUGGAGAGUGGGUUGAACUGCUGCACAUGGGGUCAGAAGGACAUGUGUCUUCAGGUGGAUGCCAAGAGGAGAGUUUUCUUGUCACUCUGCAAGAGUAUGAGCUCAAUUCUUCCCAGAGCAUCCCAUGAGCUAACUCCAGUUGUUUCCUCUUGCAGGUUCAGUAUUGCCUAAUUCAACGCCCUUUCUAUCUCCACUCUCCCCACAUCCUGUCUUGAAACAGGGAGCAGAGUACAUGAUGCACUAUGAACUGGUACUAGGGAGAGAUCUUUUGCACACCCCUUGAUGAGUUCUCCCAGCUCACAGUUCAAUUGGGCACUCUUUUUUUUUUUUUUUUUUUUUUCUUUAACUACUUUUGUAGCUAACUUCACAGUUGCUUUGAGCUUCCUAUAUUUAAUUUCUCCUGACUUUGCUGAUGCCAGGUUCAGGCAUCUGCUUUUCCUAGGCUGGGUCUGCUUUUCCUAGACUAUAUCUAGUGGGCAUCUCAAGGUGGAUAUGGCCAAGGACAAAUGUUCUCUUUGAGCAGGAGGCAGUGGCUGAUGGCAUGAGGAGACACGUUGGCCAUUGGGUUGGUGUGGAAAGGGAUGCUUGUGGUAGCCUCUCUGUGGUCAAGGGUGUGGAGAGAAAUGAGUUGUUCUGGGUCUUAUAGUGUUAAUGACCCUGAUGUUGAGAGCCUGGGAUAGACAUGCUGCCUCCAAUACAGAAUCCCAUGUGCAAAUUAACCUAAGAGGCUGAAGAUUCCUAAAUUGACCUUUUACUGUAGAAAUGCCUUCCCAGGCAAGGAGGGCCAGAAAGCUUGUUAGGACAACUUCUUCCCUUUGUGGGCUAAGCUCCCCCAUGGCUUUAAAGCCAUUCUGGGGCUGGCUAGCUGCAGUUAAUGUUGCACUUUUAAAAAAAUUUUUCUGUAUUCCAAACAGUAAAUCCCCUGUCUUCAGCACUGGUGGUGAAGUGGCUGAUUGACAGGUGUGCUCUGGACUUCCCAAUUUGCCCUCAGGUGGGGCGUGUGCCAUGAGGAAAGUGCUAAACAAUCCCAUUUCCAAAGGAUCUUGGGUUGAUUUGCUGCCUACUUCAGGGAAUGGGCAUUGCGUGAAGGGAGGAUGGUGGAAAUGUGCAAAGCUGCUGGUAGUGAAUGAUGGCAAGAAUUCCCUCGAUUGGAGCAGUGGUGCUGGGAAAGAAGCACGUGUUCAAGAGGUUUGUGUUGAAAUGGCCCAUGUUGUCUUUAGUAGUCAGGGUAGUAGCUGUAGCAACACUCAUGAUCUACAUAGAGGUAUCCAGGAGCUUAAUUGUUUUUAUCAUGCUGAUUUCAAGGGAUGGAGUAAUCCGGUCACCUUUGCCUGGAGCAAAAAGUCAGUAUUUCCCUUCUAAACGGGGGUGCGCUGGGAGCCUGGAAUUCCAUCUUCUGGAAGCCAAGGUCUGUUACCCCUCCUUGUUUUUCGUGCCUUUUUUUCUACGGCCUUCUUAGGACUGGACCUUCUUGGGUCUCUUGCCUUUAGUGGAAUGCCCACAGCUAGGCUGGUAUCUUGUUGAAUACCAGAAAGGGUGGUAGGUUUCUGGUGUGUCACUGAGGGUCUGUCUCCUGGGUGGUGGCCACCCUGUUCGGCAUCAGGCUACGGAAGCUGCUUCUAGGUGAAUGGGUGAUGCUCGUCUCUCUAGAGCCUGUAUAAACAAUGUAAAGGAGUGACACUGCCCCUCAAGUUCAUAGGAAAAGACUUCCAUGAAACACUCCUGUGAUUAAUUUUCCUUUUCAGUGUAGCUGUUUUUUACAGGAAGUAGAUUCAUCAUUCAUCAGUGACUUAAAAAGCUGGAAGAAUCUGGUUUUCUUGGAUUUCAAACUGCUACUUUUAUUUCUGUUUCAAAGGCCCUAACUGCUACAAAAGCCUGGCUGAGUGGACAGUACCAACACUGCCAGCUGGGGUAAUACUAUCCUGAUGUCUUACUCCUGCUGUGUUCUGUCAUAUCAACCCUCUUCCCCCAAGCUACCAUCUAGCCUGGAACCAGGGCUGUUGGAAGCAUUCUUUUAACUGGUGUGCUGUUUUGCCGCCAUGAAGAUUUAGGUGUGGAGCUUUGCUUUUUACUGGGGCUAAGCUUAGUUUCUCAGAACAUAUUUAGCCAUGGGACUUUGCCUUCUGGAAAAGGCUUCAAGUCCCUGGGCAGUGGCCUCUGCUCUCUUGGAUACAGUGCCUAGAGAAGACCUUUGACUUCCUGUGGAGUUUCUUGCUGAUGCAAGAAAGGGUCUGCCAGCAAAACCAAGCUUCCUUUAAAACUUCUAUUUUUGCAUAGUUUUUAAAUGAGUCAAUAAAACUCCAUUUUCAAAAACCUGAAGCUCUUGUGUGUCUGUCUGAUGGUGAAAUGCAGGAAAUAGCCCCUCCAAGGGACCUGGUGUUCAGUUUCACAUUAUUAAAGGUCAAACAUUAAGGAACCUCAUGGCAUUCUCAGGGGGUACAGCACUAAAUAAGGAUGGAGAAGCACAUCCUCACCUUGAAUUGAACAAAAGGAGAUGGAGGGAGAAUGGUGGAAAGAUGUGGUCACUCUUACAAGAGCAGUCAUGGAGUUAAUGUUGGGGGUGGGAAGGCUUUAAGGCCAAAAAACCCCAAGCAGUCAAGGUCAAGUAGGUAUGGACUUGCUAGGUAUAACUUUAUAUAGAAAUCAUACUCUAAAUUUCCAGGAUAUCUAAGUAGUGGAGCUUGGGGAUGGUCUUCCAAGCCAUGUGGUGCACACAAAGAACCAGAAUUGCCUUAAGAAUGAUCUGUAUAAGCUUAUGAAAGGAUGGUCUGAUAGGACACAGUUUAUCAUUCACCAGGCAGUAUGUGAGAUGUGGAAUUGGGUGCUUGCAGUCCCCAGGUUGGGGUAUUAAGAUAACUUUCAUAAUGUGGAAGGUGUUUGGUAAUUCCAUGCCUUGGGGCUCUUGCUGGCUGCCAGUUGGUGCCAGGAAAUUUUUUUUUCUCUCCUCCUGAAUGCUAUUGCCUUCUGUGUUUGGGUGCUUUCCUUUACUCUGAAGCAUUGGUCUGAAAUACACUGAUGGCUCUUACCAGUAUUAAGAAAAUUCAGAGGUUUCUGGUUGAGCAGGCUGCUGUUUUACUCAGGGUCACAUCUGAUUGCCAAAUAUGCAGGAAUUAUUAUUUUUUCCUCUUAGAUCAGAUUGGCAUGGCCUGUGGGGCUUCUUUACCUUUCUCUGUAGUUGAGGCAUAGUCCUCUUAAGAUUUGAGCAUCUUCUACCCAGUUACUUUCCUGUUGUUGCAGUAGCAGGGCAUUGUCUGUACUCUUUUCUCCACUGCUUUUACCUAUGGCAAGUUAUGGGGAUGUUCUUGGUGUUUCAGGUAUUGUGCCUUGUAACUGUGGUUGCAUGAAGAUUUGAAGCAAUAAUUCCUCAGAUUAACAAAUUGCCUGUGAAUGCAUGUGACUAGGCUUGAUGGAUGAGAAGCCCCUUCCCACCCCCUUUCAGUCCUACAUUCCUAUCCUAGUGCUGUGAUUUCCCAACCAUUGAAAUUCUUGAACAUGGAAAAUCUAGUCCCAAAGGUCCAAGUUUUGAAAGUUCUUUUCAGCUAGUAGGAUAGGCUUAAACUAUGAUGCGACUGUCCCUCCUGGCCAGCCAAGCCACGUUCAGACGAUCCAAACCCACUGCUGUGCUUGGGGCUUAAGAUGUCUGGGGAAACUGGAAUCAAUCUUGCUGGUUCCUGACCUUUUGGAUGUCCAGACAAGCGCAGUUGUGUGGUAUAUGAUGCUGCAAACAUGUUUGCAUCACCAUAGAUUCAUAGAUUGUAAGGAGCUAGAAGGGACCUUGCAGAUUAUUGGGUCCAGCCCCCACCGCUCUAGGCAGGAAGACAACUGGGGUUAGGUGACCCCAGUGAGGGGCUGUCUAGUCUCCUCUUGAAAACCUCCAGGGUAGGUGACUGCACCAUCUCUGGAGGGAGUUUAUUCCACAGCCUGGACACCCUGACUGUGAAGGAGUUUUUCCUGGUAUUAAGCCUGAAGUGGUUUUCCAGGAAUUAGUAUCCAUUGCUCCUGGUGUUCCCCAGGGGUACCCUAGUUAACAGUUGUUCAUCGAGCUCCUGAUGCACUCCUCUGAGAGAGUGGCUUACUGCUAUAAAGUCUCCUCUCAACCUUAUCAUCUUUAGGCUAAAGAGGCCCAGGUCCCUCCCUCAGCCUUUCCUCAUAUGGCUUGCCUUGCAUGUCCCUGAUCAUACAGGUGGCUCUUUUUUGGACCCUCAAGUUUUUUCCACAUCCUUAUUGAAGUGCAGUGCCCAGAACUGGAUGCAGUACUCCAACUGCAGUCUCACCAGUGCUGAGUACAGUGGGAGUAUCGCUUCCUUAGUUUUACAUGAGAUGUAUCAGUUUCUGCAUGCCAGUGUGUUGUUUGCCCUGCACUCGCACUCGCACUGAUGUCUGAUUCAUGCAAUGGUCAAUCAUUACCCCUAGGCCCCUUUCGGCCGUGGUGCACGUCAAGCUAUCGCCGCUGAGCCUGUAUGUAUGCUGAGGGUUGUUUGCCACCAGAUGGCGUGCCUUACCCUUGGAAGUGUUAAACUUCAUCUGGGUCCAGUCUGCCCAACUCUCGAGCCUGUCUAGGACCACCUGUAUCUGCAACCUAUCUUCUGGCAUGACCACACUGCUCCAUAACUUGGUGUGGUCUGCAAACUUGGCCAGUGAGCUUUUCACUCCCUCAUCCAAAUCAUUGAUUAAAGAUGUUGAAAAGCACUGGUUCAAGCACGGACCACUGAGGGACACCACUGGCCUCUUCAUGCCCAGACAACACCUAUCCGUUCAUGAGAACUCUCUGGGUCCUACCCUGUAGCCAGCUUUCCACCCACUGAACCAUCAAGCAGGUGAUCCCACAAUCUUCCAGUUUUCCCCACAAGGAUAUUGUGGAAUACUAGAUCAAAAGCUUAUUUGGAAGUUUAGGUAUAUAACGUCUACUACAUCUCCCAUGUCCAGGUGGCAAGAGACCUGGUCAUAGAAGGAGAUGAGAUUGUCAUAGAUUCAUAGAUGUUAGGGUCGGAAGGGACCUCAAUAGAUCAUCAAGUCUGACCCCCUGCAUAAGCAGGAAAGAGUGCUGGGUCUAGAUGACCCCAGCUAGAUACUCGUCUAACCUCCUCUUGAAGACCCCCAGGGUAGGGGAGAGCACCACCUCCCUUGGGAGCCCGUUCCAGAGGUAGGGUAGGUCUUGCCUUACCAAAGCCAUGCUGGCUGUCGUUCAGAAUCUUACCUUCCGCGAGCGUAUCGCACAGAUUCUUUAAUGAGCUUUUCCAGGAUUUUCCCUGGGAUGAAGGUUAGGCUAAUUGGCCUAUAGUUGCCUGGGUCUUCCCUCUUCCCCUUCUUGAAGAUAGGCACAAUGUCGGCCCUCUUCCAAUCCUCGGGGAUUUUCCCCCGUGCACCACGAAUUCUGAAAGAGCUUUGCCAGGGGUUCUGUGAUGACCUCAGCCGGCUCCUUCAGCACUCUCGGAUCGAGUCCGUUUGGUCCUGCUGACUUAUACAUGUCUAGAUUUUCUAACUGGUAUUACACCCACUCAGCAUCCACAGUGGGGAGGCUGUCAGUCCUGGCAUAUCCCCUAUGAGCGUUUUCCCCAUGGUCUGGUGAAAUACUAAAGCAAAGUGUGUAUUCAGGAGUUCAGUUUUUUUCCUGAAUGUUGGUUACCAGCUGUCUUGAGGUGUUAAGCAGGGUCCCACACUUAUUUGUUUUCCUUUGAUUGCCUACAUACCUAAAGAAGGACUUCUUAUUGUCCUUGACUCCCAUAGCUAACCUAAACUCAGUUGCUGCCUUGGCUUUCCUGAUCAUUUCCCUACAUAUAUUGGCCACUGUCUUAGUCAUCCUUGAGGACCAUCCCUAGUUUCCACUGUGCAUACACUUCCUUUUUUCUCUUUUGAGAGGACUGCAAUGUCCCUAUUAAGCUAGGAGGGCUUGCCAGCCCUUCUGCUUUCCUCUUUCCUGGAACAGAUUUUUUUUUUUUUUUUUUUUUGUGCUUUGAGGAUCAUAUCCUUGAGCAAUGGCCACUCUGUGCACCCCAUUCACCUUCCCUUCCUGGUCUCACAUUGCCUCCCCUGCUAAUGCUCUGAGCCUGUCAAAGUCAGCAUUUUUGAGGUCCAGGACUUCAAUCCUGCUAGUUGAUUUGUCAACCUUGCAGUGGACAGUGAACCUGAUAAUUUCAUGGUCGCUGUUGUCCAGGCUACCCUCAGUGUUCAUGCCGUACACCAGAUCAUCUCCCUUGGCCAAGACCAAGUCUAGAAGAGCAUUACCUCUGGUUGGCCCUUGCACUUCCUGGGUCAGGAAGAGAGCCUUGAUUUUUACAGUCGGGGAAACUGUGAACAAUUUGACCUAGCUGAGUGUUCCUCCCAAGCUAUGUCCAGGUAAUUGAAGUCACCCAUGCCAACCAAGUCCUUUGCACACGCGGCCUCUCUCAGUUCUCGAGAGAACUCCAGAUCCAGCUUCUCCCCUUGGUUUGGUGACCUGUAGUAAACACCUACAAUUAGGUUUCUCUCACCUCAUCUCCUCCCGUAGCUUGACCCAGAGGGUUUCAAGCUGCUUAUCUUUGCAGCCAAUGUCAGCCUCCAGAGAGGUGUACUGUUCUCUUGCAUAGAAAGCUACCCCUCCGCCUUUUCUCCCUGCUCUGUCCCUUCUGUGCAGGGUGUAGCCCUCUACAGCUGCACUCUAGUUAUGCGAGGAGUCCCACCAGGUCUCCGUGAUCCCUACCAAGUCAUAUUGCCUACUAGAGAGCAGGAGGGCUAGCUCCUCCUGCUUGUUCCCCAUGUUCCUGGCAUUGGUGUACAAGCAGCUAAGGCCCCCAGCUGACGCCCUCGAUUUCCUGAGACCCUCUGGGAGAACUGUUUGGUUAGCAUUUUCAAAAAUUUGUGUUAGUGUCCUCCACAAGGGAGCUUUCCUGUGUGCCAGUCCCUGGGUAUGCUGCACUUCGGAGUUUCCCCAUCCCCUUGCCAAGUCAGUUUAAAGCCCUGUCCAAUAGAUCAGCCAGCCUGGCUGAGACCAGGGUCUUACCUCGCCAUGUGAGGUGAAUGCCAUCUCGUCCUAGGACUCCUUUCUCUCAAGUGCAUGCUGUGGUCGAAGAAACAACCCCUUGCAAUACCACCACUGUCUGAGGCAUCUGUUAACCUCUUCCAUGCAGCCAUCCCUCCUGGGUCUGUGGCCUGCAACAGGGAGCACGGAAGAGAAAACUACUUGAGCCUCUAAUUCCUUGAGCCCAGAGCCCUGUAGUCACUCAUGACACAGUCAGGGUUACCCCUGGCCGUGUCAUUCAUGCCCACGUGGAUGAGCAUUGGGUAAUAGAGAGACGGAUGAGCCUGGGGAUCCUCUCUGCAAUGUCCCAGUUGCGGGCCCCACAGAGACGGCAGACCUCUCAGGCUAAGGGGUCCGGACAGCAGAUAGGUCCCUCUGUGUCCCUCAGGAGAGUGUCGUGUGUGUGUGUGUGUGUGUGUGUGUGUGUGUGUGUCCAGCAUCUCCUAGGGGUGGGAAUACUUACCUCCUCUGAUGUCUCUGUCGGCAUCUCGUGCGUAGUGAGGGGAGCGUACCUGUUGUGCAGUGCCGGGAAGGAGUGGCCCUAGCUCCGCAUGCUCUGGACCUGGAGACAACUGUUUUCCAGGUAGCUCUGGACAGGUCUUUGUAACCAGUCUUCUCUGUGGCCACCUCUUCCCCCUUCUCCACACUCUUCCUCUCUCCUCCAUUUCCCUGGAGUACGGCCUGGCAGUAAUUGUUGAUAUCGUCUUCAUGGGCCAAUGCUGCAUAGCUGGCUUACCUCUUCCUCGAGCUCCCGUACUCAGCCCUCCAGGGACUCCACUAAGGAGCACAUCCGGCAAUUUGGGGUGCUCCCGUGCUUGGACGUCAGCAGCCUCUGACAUAGUUUCAUAGUUUUUAGGGGCUGGAAAGGAUCUUACAGAUCAUUGGGUCCAGCCCUAAAUAUACUGCACAGUCUAGUAUUUUCCGCGGUGUAAGGGAACACUGCUGGAGCGUGCACUGUGCUGGGUCUGUUUUCUGCAGGUGUGUUUUUCCCCCCCCCCCCCGGAUAUCCAAGGUGUGCCACCGCUACUUGUCCCUAGGAAACCAAAUGCCCACACGCAUCUGGAUGUGCCCCUUGAGAGCUUCUAGAUUUUGCCUAUAAAAUACGUGAAUAGAACAACCAUGUGUGUAGUGGUGACCAUUGUAGCUGCUUGCUUGAGGCUGCUGAGCUGCCCAAAGACUUGGUACUUCAGUAUGGAAAAUACUUGUCAAAAAAUGGUUGCCAUAAUGCAAGUGGGAGAAUAACUGCAAUGGAAAGAUUUGUCCUAGAUUUAGCCAUAAUAGAGCAAUAGGUUUAUUGAUGGAUUUGGUGCCUCUGUAACCUCACAACAUGGGAGAAGACGUUCUAAAGUGACUCCUAUUGAAGCUCUGCACAGCUGCCCUGGCUAGAAGGGUGUGGGAUGAGCACAUUGUGUAUCCAUGUCAACUUUUAGUUGUAAUGAUGGAGAUACCAUGAGAACAUGGCAUCAGGAUAGGCCAUUCCAGCCCAGUAUCCAUCUCUGCAAUUUAUUAGUGGCCUAGCUCUGCCUGGUUGAGAACCCAGCAGGCUGGGCCUGUUGUUGGGGAAGGAGGGGAAGGCAGAUAGGUUUCCAGAAUGCUUGCUUGCCAUUUCUGCUUCUGAGCCUCAAGCUCUGGCCCCAGAUGCCUGAGGGAGCACUUUGCAUGUUGGUUUUUUGAGGUUUUUUUGGUUUAGUACACUGGCUUCUCAACUUUUGAAGACUAUUAGGCUGGGCAUGGGAUGCUUAAUCUAGUGGGUGUUUCUACUCCACAAAUGUCUGGGAAAAAUUUUGAACAUGUAUCAAAGAAAAUGGGUCUUUUAAAGAUGUUUCCUAAAUGGGAGCUAAUAGGAAGCAUUCAGAAUUGCCAACGUUCUUGGUGUCCAUUGCUCCCCACUGAUGAAGGGUGUGGGUGGAUUCUUCCACUUCAGUGGGACUGGCAGGGUACUAGCAUAGGCCCAGGUUCACUGGAGACCAGAGAACAUGACUGAAGCAGAGUUAUUCAUACUUCCAAGUCUGAAAGGACCAUCCUAAGAUAGGAGAAGCAACAAUCUGAGACUCAGCAUUUCUUAAGCCUGAUUAUUUUUAUGUAUUUAUUUAUUUUUUAAAGACAUUGUCCCUUCUAGUCCUGAUGCUGUAGUGUUCAUUUACUAGGGAAUCUGUUCAGGAUGAGAGCCCAGAAUGACCUUUUUGCUCCUUUUCCUUUUGCGGUCUUGUGAACUGUUUGUUGAAAUAAUAACUUUUAUACAAACUACAGAUCUGAAGCCUUUUCCACUGCUAAAUUGAGCCUGCCUUUUGAAUGACUGUGAAAGAAGAUAUUGCUUUGCUGGGCACUCUGGGUGUACUGGAGUGAAAAGAUGAGUAGUGGGAGUAGGAGGGAAAGGUCACUGAGCCAAAACUGUCCUGGGUUAAAAGAGCAUCUUGAGAGCCCAGCUAUUAGAGCAGUCUGGGCAAGCUGCUUUUCUAGAGGGAGCUAGUCUCCCUGCAUGUGGACUGCAGCUAAGACCUGUUUGGAAAUUGAACAAAAACCAGGAAAACAAAAACUCUCCUAGGAACAGAGAAGGCAGCUCUCCAAGGGGUAAAACUCUCCCUGUGGCAGAAAACAAAUCUACAGCCACAAACCACAGGUUUAAUUCUUUGUAUUACCCAGUACCUUUGCAAACAGGCUUUGCAUUGGCCGUAGCCACAAAAAACACUCCUGACCUAUUCCUGAAUGCAGCAGUCAGUGGUUGGGAUAAUGCCACCCUGCUUUGUGCUAAGGCUGCCCAGGUAUGAUUCCAGGCAAAGAGGAUCUUUUCAGGUUGCUGUGUCAAUGUUGUACCCACCUGCAACUCCUAGCUCAUGCAUUAUGGCAUUAGCCAGUGUGUGACCUAGAAAGGCUAACAGAGCAUGCAUCUCUUCUUAUUGCUUGAGAAAUCCUUUUUCCCUUUGAACUCCAAACUAGAUAGAGCAAGUUGCCGCAGCUUGAAUUUCCUCCAGGAGAAACCAAAUCUGGACUAUUGUGGCCCCAAAUGUGAUGGUGAACAUGAUGAUAAUGAUACAAAUGGGCCACUGGCGUGGACACGCUGUGAUUACUGCAGAGGCUGUGACCAAUGCUUGGUUGAACAGUUGUGCAUGUCUUGUUCAUCUAGUCCCAGUGCUUGGGGGAUUUGGACAAUGCUGUUUUUAAAGCCUUCCAAAAAACCAGGGCAGAUCCUUGGUUGUCUGCUGUGGAGGAAUGGUCCUUGUUGCAAAGAGGUGUGAAGCCAUGUACAACACAGAAGAGUAAGAAUGAGAUAUAGCAAGACUUGGAUGGCUCCAAAGAGUGGGAGUUUACCAGUAAAUGAGAUGGUGUUGGGAGGUUAUAAUGCCAUUAAGGUGAAAACAGUUGAGGUUCAGCUACAGUGUGGCUUCCACUGUUGCAGCUCUCUAUAGUCCAUUCUAUAAAGUAUCCACAUGGCCCUCGCACACUGAAUACCUGUGCAAUUUAAUCAUGGAGAAACUUAGCUUUGCCAUUCUGCUGUAAAGCAGAGUGGUCCCCAAUUCACAGAGAAGGAUCUGUGGCACAAGUUAAUCAGUUUUUAAGGUGAUGGAGAAAGCUUGAACCUAGUUUCUUGCAUUAGUCCUGUAUUUUCUAGAUCACUUUUCUUAUUCUAAGACUAGCCCUGAGGGAGAGAAUGGAAGAGAUCUCCAUCUACAAGAGUAUAUUUUUAGCAGUGUAAGUUUGGCAUCCUGUAGAAAUCUGAAGGAACAGCUAGAUGUGGGGUGAGAGCAGGGGGGACUGAGGAAGGAGCAGGCAGGAUGGGAUGUGAGGAGGAGGAGGUGGUAUCAGUAUUUCAGGUGGGAGGUGUCCAGCAUAGGAGAUGGUCUAUCAGCAACGGGAGUGAAGUAGAAAAAUGGGGUUUGCAAGAGCAGUUGAGACUUGACCCUGAGAACCAAGGUGAGAUGAGGUAUACUUCAGCCAGGAGCUCAGAAAGAGCCAAUUUCUGAACAGAAAAUGCACAUUCUGUAAAGGAUGCAUUUAAAAAAAAUAAAUAAAUAAAACCACCCUUUUGAUCUGUACUGGGGCAAAACCUUUCAUUUCAGUUUCACCUCUGUCACAUUUAGUACCUAUAAUAACUAUCCUUUUUAGAUAGUGACUGGAUUCAUCCUGGAUUUUGAAGGCUGGUCCUGGCCAGUUGGUAAAAAUUAAAAUGAGCUCCAGAAUCAAGAGGUGUGGGGAGGUGGAAAGACAUGGUGCAUCAGGCAGCUCUACCUCCCUGCUGUACUAUUGCUCCGCAAAUAAAGAUUGUUGGUUAAUUCUCA